GGGAGUGUGGGAUUAAUUAAUGUACAUUUUUGCUAAUUCAAAAGGCAGAUAAAUGCGUCUUGUCGUCUUGGAUGAAGAACCAUAACAAAAUUUCCUCUGUAUGAGAUGACCGGAAAGUCUGAUGACGUGAACUGCAAUUUCCGGCUCCAGAUGUUGGGGGUUCUCAUAUAAUCGUGAACGGGAGACAAAUGCAUGACCAUUUGCCCAGAGAUGUCUUGAUCAGCAUACUCUCCAGGCUCCCCGUCGGCACCCUUCUGCGGUGCAUCGCCGUCUGCAAAUCAUGGUACGCCCUGAUCUCCAGCCCCCUUUUCAUUUCCGAAAACCUCCAUUUAGGUCCCGAAAAUACCCACCUUUUACUUAGAUACUGCGUAGGAGAGGGGGUGACCGAGAAGCACCAGAGUUAUGAGUUGUUCCGGGAUGAUAAUCAUACAUUUGAAAGGUGCAGAAAGUUGGACUUCCCUUUUACUAGUGUGAACAGUUUUUAUCGGAUUGUGGGUUCUUGCAAUGGGCUGAUUUGUUUGACAGAUGACAUGGGUGAAGAUGAUCUUACUGCCAUUCUAUGGAACCCUUCAAUUAGAAAAUCGGUUACCCUUCCUGAACCUAGGGUUACAUUUACUUCGCAUGGGGCUUUUAGCCAUACCCACGGGUUUGGGUAUGAUCCAUUAACCAAUGAUUACAAGGUUGUUAGGAUUGUGAACAUCUCCUUUAAUGAGCUACCGCCACUGGUUGAGCUCUAUGAGUUGAGUAAAGGAAGGUGGAGAGAUAUUAGUCACAAGGCAACUGGGGUUUGCUAUCCUUUAGGGGACUCAAUACCUGCUGCUUUGGUUGGUGGGAUUGUUCAUUGGGCAGCAAUGGAUGAAGACUUCAGGAAUUCUGUUUUGUCUUUUGAUAUGAGUAAGGAGGUGUUUGGCGAGAUCUUGGUACCUGAUAGCGUGGCAACUGCAAGUUUGAGAUAUUUUACAGAUUUGAGAGUUGGAACUUACAAGGAGUCGCUUGCCUUUUUUGUGCAGAGUACGUACGGGACCAACCCAUAUUGUUGUGUAUGGGUUAUGAAAGAGUAUGGGAAUGUUCAGUCGUGGACUCAGAUAUUCUCCAUCAAUCAUCUUCGUCUGGGAUUCCAGUUGCUUGUUGGUUUCAGGAAAACUGGUGAAGCUUUAUUUGUUGAUCGCGACAAAUGCUUAGUUCUUUUUCAUCACGAGGAACAGUUGAUCGAGUAUCUUGAUAUAUGUGGGUCAUACUUGCAUGCUUUCUAUGCAAGCACAUACAGAGAGAGCCUCGUUUUUCUGGACAAAGAUACAGGACGUUCUGAUAUUGAUACUGCCCAGGACAUUUGGAUUAGGCGCAACUCUGAAGAUGUUGCUGAUGAGUGUACACACUAUCGUGAAACAUCUAGGAACAGAGAAGAUGGAAAGGGAAAAGGCAAACUAACAUAUAAGUCGAAAG